CAAACAAGCCACUUCCUCGAAGCUGACGCUCAUGUGACUCCAGCAUAGCAAUGCGACUGAGGUGGACUCAGACUCUCACUCUGUUUUUCGCAUCAAUAUGUUGUUCCUUAACAGAAAAGCCUUCAAAUGCUUCAUCUCCAAACAUCAUCAUCAUGCUCAUGGAUGACAUGGGUUGGGGGGACUUGGGGGUGUUUGGUCAGCCCUCCAAAGAAACCCCCAACCUGGAUGCCAUGGCAGCUCAGGGCAUGCUGCUUCCAAAUUUCUACACAGCAAACCCACUCUGUUCCCCGUCCAGAGCUGCACUUCUCACCGGGAGGCUGCCUGUCAGAAACGGUUUCUACACCACUAAUGCCCACGCCAGAAAUGCAUACACACCACAGGAGAUAGUGGGAGGAAUCUCGAAGGAUGAGAUUUUGUUACCCAGGAUGCUUAAGGAGAAGGGCUACAUCAGCAAGAUAGUUGGCAAGUGGUGAGCUCUUUAUCUUCCCUUAAUCCAGAAGUUUUGGGGGGUUUUGGGAGUUUAUGUUCAUGGUUGGCAGCUCAGGAGGGUAUAAUUAACUUUAUUUAUACAGAACUUUUCCUAAUAAAGUUCCAAAAUGCUUCACAUGCUUGAGCAAGGAUUAAAAUAUUUCAGGACUGCAUUCAAGGGAAUAAAAUCAGACAAUUAAAAUAAUAUGAAACACAAGGGUCCAUGAGCGAGACACCCAAAACCAAAUUGGCU